AGCAGAAGGGUCUCAGUCUCCAUUAAAGAUCUGAAUGCAGGGUUUAGAUGCGUUUUGUCUCGGACUCUGAGGGAUUCGGGAUCUUCACCAUAUAAGGAUCAAACCCAGACGAGCAGGAUCUCCUGUGUGUGUAUUUGCGCGUACGUGUGUGUUCCCGAGCUCAGGAAUGCCAGCGUUUGAAGGCUCGAGGCUUGAGUGGGAUCCUGUGACCUCGAGGAGACCAUGAGACGUUCCUCCUCGAGUGUGUGUCCAUGCCUGUCGUGACGCUCCAGCUCGACGGGUGGGAUGCCGUGACUGCGGCGCGUGACUCUGGCGUUGGCGUUGCGUGUCGAGCCGAUGGAAACUGCUGCCCCAUCAUGAGCUGCCAUGACGCCGGAGGGCGUCGCCGCUACGAGGACUCGGAGUUCACGCUGCGCGUGUAUCCCGGAGCGCUAUCCGAGGGCACCAUCUACUGCCCCGUCACGGCCCGAAAGGUCACGUCGGCGGCCGAGGUCAUCGAGCUGCUAAUCGAGCGGCUUCAGCUGGACCGCGCGCGGCUCUAUGUGCUCGCCGAGGUCAAGGAGUUCGGCGGGGAGGAAUGGAUCCUGAAUCCGUGCGAUUGUCCAGUUCAGCGGAUGAUGCUAUGGCCGCGAAUGGCGUUGGAGAACCGCCUCGGCGGCGAGGAUUACCGGUUCCUCCUGCGGGAGAAGAACCUCGACGGCUCCAUCCAUUACGGGAACCUUCAGAUGUGGUUGCGCGUGACGGAGGAGCGUAGACGUAUGGUGGAGCGUGGGUUUCUCCCGCAGCCUCCCGCGGGACAGUACGUAGCCGACCUCUGCGCGCUCCCGGAUCUAAACGAGCAAACUUUGCUCGAGAACCUUCGCGGACGCUUUCGGCAGGAGAAGAUUUACACGUACGUCGGCGGGAUUCUGAUCGUCGUCAAUCCCUUCAAGUUCCUGCCCGUUUACAAUCCGAAAUACGUCAAAAUGUACGAUAACCAUCAGCUGGGGAAGCUGGAGCCGCACAUUUACGCGGUGGCGGACGCGGCGUAUCACGCGAUGCUCCAGAGGAAGAAGAACCAGUGCAUCGUGAUCUCCGGAGAAAGCGGAUCGGGAAAGACUCAGAGCACGAACUUCCUGAUCCAUCACCUGACGGCGCUCAGCCAGAAGGGCUUCGCUAGCGGCGUAGAGCAGAUUAUCCUCGGAGCCGGACCUGUUCUGGAGGCUUUUGGAAACGCUAAAACAGCCCAUAAUAACAACUCCAGCCGCUUCGGCAAGUUCAUUCAAGUCAACUACCAGGAGAGCGGGACCGUCCGCGGAGCGUAUGUGGAGAAGUAUCUUCUGGAGAAGUCCCGUCUGGUGUAUCAGGAGCACAACGAGAGGAACUAUCAUGUGUUUUACUACCUGCUGGCCGGAGCGAGUGAAGAAGAAAGAAAAUCAUUUCAUCUUCUCAAACCAGAGGAGUAUCAUUACCUCAACCAGAUAACAAAGACAGUCCACAGACAGCACUGGGGAAAUUACUAUGAGACUGAGCUGGACUGUUUCGCGGUGGAGGGAGAGGAUCUGAAGCAUGACUUCGAGAGACUCCAGCUGGCCAUGGAGAUGGUGGGCUUCCUUCCCGCCACCAGGAAACUAAUCUUUUCUUUGCUGUCUGCGAUCCUUCACCUGGGGAACAUCCGCUACAAGAAGAAGACGUACCGAGACGACUCCAUCGAUAUCUGCAACCCGGAGGUGCUGCCCAUCGUCUCGGAGCUGCUGGAGGUGAAGGAGGAGAUGCUUUUCGAGGCUCUGACGACACGCAAGACGGUGACGGUGGGAGAGAGACUGAUUGUGCCGUACAAACUGGCUGAGGCAGGGACGGUGAGGGACUCGAUGGCCAAGUCUCUGUACGGCGCUCUGUUCGACUGGAUCGUCUUCCGCACCAAUCACGCGCUGCUCUACAACAAAGACCUGGAGGAUUCGGCCAAGAUCCUGUCCAUCGGCGUGCUGGACAUCUUCGGCUUCGAGGACUACGAGAACAACAGCUUCGAGCAGUUCUGCAUCAACUUCGCCAAUGAGACGCUGCAGCAUUACUUCAACCAGCACAUCUUCAAACUGGAGCAGGAGGAGUAUCGGUCCGAGGGCAUCAGCUGGCACAUGAUCGAGUACAUCGACAACACGGCCUGCAUUAACCUCAUCAGUAAGAAGCCCACGGCGCUGUUUCACCUGCUGGACGAAGAGUGCAAUUUUCCGCAGGCAUCUAAUCAGACUCUGCUGGACAAGUUUAAGCGUCAGCACGAGGGAAGCGUCUUCAUCGAGUUCCCGGCCGUCAUGGAGCCGGCGUUCAUCAUUCGCCACUACGCCGGCAAGGUCAAAUACAGCGUCAAGGACUUUCGUGAGAAGAACACGGAUCACAUGCGUCCGGAUAUCGUGGCUCUGCUGAAGAGCAGCCGAAACGCGCUCGUCUGUGGCUUGAUGGGCCUCGACCCCGUGGCCACCUUCAGAUGGGCCGUGAUUCGGGCCUUCUUCCGCGCGCUCGUCGCCUUCCGGGAGUCCGGGACACGGCACACGGAGAAGAGGACGAGCACCGGUUCUGAUGGUCCAGUUCAGACUCAGAAGAGUGUGGACAGCUUCAGCUUCCUCCAUCACCCUGUUCACCAGCGGAGCCUUGAGAUCCUGCAGCGCUGCAAAGACGACAGAUACAAUUCGUGUAUCAGCAGGAGGAGUCCACGGACGCCACUGUCGGACCUGCAGGGCUCAAACACUCUCGGCCAGAAACUAUCCAGGGACUGUGGCUUUCGAGGCUCGAGGUCUUCGUUCUCCUCUCCCGACGAGGAGGGGAUCUUCGUGAACACUGUGAACAACAAGCUCUUGGAGCGAGCGCAGGGAAUCCUGAUGCGAAACAAGAACUACAAGACGAAGCCCAGCCUCCCGAAGCACCUGCUGGACGUGAAAUCGCUGAAGUAUCUGAGCUGUCUGACACUUCACGACCGCAUAACCAAAUCACUCCUGCACCUGCACAAGAAGAAGAAGCCGCCCAGCAUCAGCGCGCAGUUCAAUGUUUCUCUGAACAAGCUGAUGGAGACGCUGGGACAGUCCGAGCCGUACUUCGUGAAGUGCAUCCGGUCUAAUGCAGAAAAGCUUCCUCUGCGUUUCAACGACGCGCUGGUGUUGAGACAGCUGAGAUACACUGGGAUGCUGGAGACCGUGAGGAUUCGGCAGUCUGGAUACAGCGUCAAGUACAGCUUUCAGGAUUUUGCUCAUCAUUUCCACGUGCUUUUACCCGCUGGAUUUCCCGGCACUCAGUCGGCCAUCAGACAGUUCCUGCAGAAUGCAGAGCUCGAGCCCGACGGGUAUCAAGUGGGCAGAAACAUGGUGUUUCUGCGAGAGCGUCUGCGUCAGAAGCUUCAGGACGAGCUUCAUCAGGAGGUGUUGAGGAGGAUCGUGUGUUUGCAGAGACGCUUCCGGACGAAGCAGGAGAGAAGACACUUCAGCCGGCAGAGACGAGCCGCACGCCUCAUUCAGCGCUGGUGGCGUAAGUGUCUGACUCGCGCAGAUGAGUGUGUGUGUGAGCCGGAGCUCCAGCAGAGGGCAGCGGUGUGUGUUCAGGCGUUCUGGAGAGGCUUCAGAGACAGACGUCAGUACCGGCAUCAGAAGAGAGCGGUUCUGCUCAUCCAGAGAUGCUGGAGACGAGUCCUUCAGAUGCGCGUGAGAGAGAGAGCGGCAGGCCUCAUACAGGCCGUCUGGAGGACACACAUACUGAGACACAGGGCCGCCGUCACACUUCAGGCCGCCUGCAGGGGGCGCCAGGCUCGACUGCGGUGCCGCAUUCUGAGAGAUCAACGACGCGGAGAGAAAACCAUCAAUGGCGAAGAGCAUCCAAACACUGUGACUAAAAGUUUACACACCCCUCAAAACUCAAGCGUAGAGCUGUCCGAGAAGCUCGAGGAAAAGCAAUCCGCCGAACCUCCUCGAGCGGUCGACGACAGCACGCUAAAGAGCCGAUCCAAGCGGGAAAGCAGGAGGCAACGGGAACUCGAACAGGCCACUUUCAGUUUAGAGCUUCUCAAAGUCCGAUCCGGUUCAGUGUCGAACUCAGAACCGGACGCCUCCGCUCAAAUCCCUCUCUCCAAACAGCCUCCUUCGUCUCCUCAGGCCUCCACCGAUAGCCACGAAAGCUUUGAGGAGUUGGCCAAAGUUUCGACCCUUCAAACGAGCGAAAAUAACGCGACUAAAGAGAGAGAGAGAGAGUCGGAGCAAGUUUCCAAACCCGAGCCGAUGGAGGUGAACCAAACCAGCCCGACGUCCUUGAAAGCUCACUUCUACAUCGCCGAUGAGGACGGCAGUCCGGUUAAGAGUCGCUCGGAGAAGAAGGAGUCAGUGCUGGUCAUCAUCAGCAUGCAGAAAGGAAACCCUGUAGACCCUGAUGACCAUCAGAUGGAAGUGGAGGACCAACAGCUGGAGCUUCUGCUCUGCAAUGAUCAUCCCGAAGGCCAUUCGACCCCUGAACCUCAAAGCAAUCACGGCUUGGACGCUUCGGCCUCCUCUAAAACCCUCCAGCUGGACUCGAGGGAAGCAGCGCCCACGAAGAAGGACGUCCAGAAGAAGCUUGUGUCUCAAAGCAUCAGUAUAAGUAUGAAGGAGAAAGCUGAUCUGGCCUUCUCUCCCAAACGCGGUCGUCUGACCUUCUCCAAGUCGGACAAAGACCUGGUGAACCAGGAGCGAUCCCUGGCGAUCCAAAGAGAAGCGGGAUUCAGAUCGCUGAAACACCGAGAGUCGUCUCAGAAAGAGCAGAAGAGGAUCCAGAAGACCAUGUCCUCGGGGGACCUUGGGAAAAUGGAUUCGCUCCGGAAGUCCAUGUCUCACACAGAUAGCAGGGUCAGAGGCAAAAUGCGCUUCUGGAGUAAGAGCAAACAUGCAGAUAAGAAGAUAUCCAGCAGGGGGCGCUCUGCCGACUCCGAGCUCAACGACACGAGGAACGACUCUCCUGCUGGAAGCCCAGUGCAUGCUGGUCUAUCUGAGCGCGGGCGGGACAGCAAGGAGAACCGCGAGCCGAUGCUGGGAAUGAUGUCGAUGAAGAGGAGACGCAGUGUGAAGAUCAGCAGUGUGUCUCUUGAAGCCUCGGCUUGGCAGAACGACUCGCUGCACAUCCUCACCAGCACCGCGGACUACCGGAGCAUGAACGACUUCCUCAUGAAGAAGAUCGGAGAUCUGGAAGCAGAAGACGGUCAGAAGGAUUCGCCUGUGGACGUCGUGUUCAAGAAAGCCCUGAAAGAGUUUCGCCUCAACAUCUUCAACUCGUACUCGACUGCUCUCGCGAUGGACGAUGGCAGGAGCAUCCGCUAUAAAGAUCUCCACGCUUUAUUCGAGCACAUCUUGGAGAAGAGUAUGCGUCUGGAGCAGCGAGACUGGAGCGAGUCUCCUGUUAAAGUCUGGGUCAACACCUUCAAAGUCUUCCUCGACGAGUUCGUGAACGAACACAAGCCGACUGACGGAGCCGUUAGCAAGGCUCCUAAACCUGAGAGGAAGAAGAGGAGGAAGAAGGAAUCAGACACGGUGGAGGAGCACAUGGGCCACAUCUUUAAAUCCACUCAGUACAGCAUCCCGACGUACUGCGAGUUCUGCUCCUCUCUCAUCUGGAUGAUGGACAAAGCCUGCGUCUGCAAACUCUGUCGCUAUGCGUGCCACAAGAAGUGCUGUCUGAGGAUGACCACCAAAUGCAGUAAGAAGUUUGACCCCGAGCUGUCUUCACGGCAGUUUGGCGUAGAGUUGUCUCGUUUAACGAGCGACGAGAGAGCCGUCCCUCUAGUGGUUGAGAAACUCAUCAACUACAUCGAGAUGCACGGGCUUUACACCGAGGGAAUCUACCGCAAAUCUGGAUCCACCAAUAAAAUCAAAGAACUCAAGCUGGGUCUGGACACCGAUGCGAACAGUGUUAGCUUAGACGACUACAACAUCCAUGUGAUCGCGAGUGUCCUGAAACAGUGGCUGCGUGACCUUCCGAACCCCCUCAUGACCUUUGAACUUUACGAGGAGUUCCUCAGGGCUAUGGGUCUGCAGGAUAAACGUGAGCUGGUUCAGGGAGUGUAUUCGAUCAUCGAUCAGCUCAGCAGAACUCACCUGAGCACACUGGAGAGACUCGUAUUCCACCUGGUCCGGAUCUCGUUCCAGGAGGAGACGAACCGCAUGUCUGCGAAUGCGCUGGCUAUCGUGUUUGCCCCCUGUAUACUGCGCUGUCCCGACACCACCGACCCGCUGCAGAGCGUCCGGGACAUCGGCAAGACCACCGCGUGUGUGGAGCUGAUCAUCUGUGAACAGAUGAGGAAAUAUAAAGCUCGUCUGAAGGACAUCAACACACUGGAGUUCGCAGAGAGCAAAGCCAAGAUUCGCCUGACACACAUCCGUCGCUCGAUGAAACCAGUACUAAUUGCUGUUAGGUUUAUUGGCAUUACAAGAACUGCCACGCUGCCAAACGCAGUUAAAAAGGGUAAAGGGCGUAUACGCAAAAGCGGUCGCCACACGCCCUCGCCGCCACUGAGCCCGCGGAUGACCGAAGGGGAGGAGCCAAGCGAGGAGGGGGCGGAGUCUGGGCUGAGCGAGCAGCAGCAGGCCGCCAUGCAGCAAGAAGAGAAAGUUUUGACCAUGCAGAUCGAAAACCUGCAGAAAGAGAAGGAAGAACUAACCUAUGAGAUGUUGGCUUUGGAUCCAAGAGCGUCUGAUGAUGAGAUGCUGGAGUCGGAAGCGUCUAUCGGGACAGCGGACAGCUCGGAAAACCUCAUGGAGUCGGAAGGGGCCGUGUCCGAUCAAUGGGAAAGAAUCACCGGCGCGGCGUCGGCAACACGCUGGAGGAAGUCCGAGUCUAAAAGCAGACGUGGUUUACGGCGUCAGCCCGAAUCCCUGGACUCUGUGGACUCGGCCGUCGCCUCGCUGUCCUCCGAGACGCCUCACUAUCGGCUCCGUUCCUCCUCUUCCGGGCCUCUGUUUUCCUCCGCCUCCUCCGGUGGGGAUUUGCACAUUCUCCCCGACCAGGAGGGCUUAGAACAGGCUUCCCUGAACACCCGAUGUGCCUCCAGCUCCGAGAAAACCCGUCCACGACCCCGAGGGAACCGAAGCUGCCCGCCCAAGCCCCGCGAGGACGGAGGCGUCCGCAGACGAGAGCACGAGUUCGGUUCCUCUCAGCCUUUAGUGCUGUACGGGAGUAAUGAAUUCAUGGUGUGAUCAUGUGGCGUCCAACAUUCGCUGGAGCUGGUAACGCCUUUCACAGUGCUGGUAAGGAACAAAAUGCAACAAGUACGGUGUAAAAAUGAACGCACCCAUAUCUACGACCUACUGACUGUAAAGUGGACCUGCUGGACCGGUCCGUUCUUCACAACA